UUUGCUCUCAUUGUUUCCAGGUUGUCCUCAUGAGUACCCCUGCGGAGGAUGUCCAUGAUCUUCUUUGCCUGUGUGGUGCGGGUGAGGGACGGACUCCCACUCUCAGCCUCAACGGAUUUUCAUCUCAGCCAAGACUUUUUAGAAUGCAGGAAGAGAUUAAAAGCCUUAUCCUUAAUUCUGACACAGUAUCCCAGUCGAGGUACAGCAAGAGGACGUGAUCUCAGCAUACAUUUUCUCUCUUCUGGGGAAAUCGCCUCCAUGGUGAUCUGUUCCAGCAGUUACUCAACCAUCAUGGCAUUUUGCUUCCUGGAGGAGCUCCAGUGGGAAUUUGCUGCUGCCUAUGACACUACAAGCAUAGGUUUGGCUUCCAGACCAUAUGCUUUUCUCGAAUUUGACAAUAUUAUUCAAAAAGUGAAAUGUCACUUUAACUACACGGGCUGCUCUCACAUGAAGAUCAGUCUGGAGAAAAUUCAGGAAGAGCUGAAGUUCAGGCCUCCUGUGCUCCUGAAACUGGAGGAUAUGGAGCUGAUGAAUGGGCUGACUAAUGGUGGGCACACGGAACUCUACAUGGGGUCUGUUCCUACUUACAGAAUGCAACCGGUGACUGCCAUAGGAAUACUGUCUCUCGUUCUCAACAUAAUGUGCGGGGCUCUGAAUCUCAUUCGAGGAGUUCACCUAGCAGAAUAUUCUUUUCAGGAAGACCAUGAGGGAAUCGGGAAUGUACUAGCAUUUUUUCUACCUUUUCUAGCCUGCAUCUUUGAGGCACUAUUUCAGAAACAGAGCAAAAAAGUCACUACAGGAUUUAAAAGGGUACUCCAGGAUUACACCUUUGGUGCAUCUCAUGACUUCUAGCUCACCUUCAUUCUGCAAUACAGUUCAGCAAGAGAGUAUUUCAGAAUCAUUUUAAAUUCAUUGGAUUGUUUUUCCUGCCCACAAAAGGAAGAUGCAGCUUAAGUGAAGCCACUCCGCACUUGGGUAUAUAGGUAACAUGCUUGCAAUAUGCAUCCCCUUCUAGUAGGUAAACCACAGAGGUUUGAGGCUGCUACUGCCCUGAGGUAAGACUGGCUUGAAUCUUCUAAGCUCAUGCAGUCAAGUCUCUUAUGCUUUUAGAUCCAGAGGCCCUAGGCUCUGAUCCUACAGUUGCUGACUUUCCCAGGAGUAUUGUCUUUUGCAGGCAUGAGAGAGAGAAAAAUGUAGCUUCUUUUGGGCUGGUGUUUCACAUCCAGCUAUCAUUAGGUGGAGAUAGAGAUCUGUUCCUAAAACUUGGGUGCGUGUCAACUGGACCUUUUGGCAGACUAGAUCUGUUCCGUCUCUCCCCUCCCCUCCCUUCUCACCUGAGAUAAGGAAGUGCAAGAAAACUUUGUUUUGGCCUGUUUACCAUCUUAGACCGUGGUCAUACAGCUUCACGGAGUGAUUAGACAUACAUUACACUCGGAUGAAUAGUGCUGCCUACAAAGUCAGCCCUGUCUGUAUCACUGAUGUGAUGCAAACCUGGGACUUUCUGUGUUAACCCUCGAGUGACUACUGCUCAAGUUAAACAGCCCUUGUAGCCUGUUACCUUGUGUCAUUAGACACUAUACGAAAAUGCUUAAAAUAUAUUGAAGUAAUGGGUGACCCCUGCCUUGGGAGUUUCAAAGAACCCUCAGACUCUGAAUCCCCUCGUUAAUAGAAAUGACGUUAUCUGGCCUGAAGUGAAUUUUGUUCUGGUAAUACCUUGUUUAGCUCUGGAGCCCUGACUAGGUACAACAGAAGUAAAUUUGCCUCAUGUCUGCCUGCCAUUGAGCAUCAGCCUUGACCUAUAAAGAUCACACCUUGAUGUUAACAGGUAGUUUAGUUCCAUGCUCCGUGAAUCCAUGCUGCUUUUUUGAGCCAACAAGAAUGCUGUUGCGUUGGUGGAUUCCUUUCAUUGUAGAUUAUUCAGCAACAUCAACAUGUAGGCCGCCGACCCCCUUCCGAUUGAUAGUGUAACCGAUUAAGACUCGGAGGAAGCUUUCACCUUCUUGACACCCAGACGUGUGCUGAUAAUUUGUGCGGUCUGUGUUUAUGUACAAUCAAUUGGAUGCUAACAUGACCUCUUUUGUGCUGUUCUAGUGUUACUUGUACCUGUACUACAGUUCAGCAAGGAAGAUGAAGGUGUUUGUACUGUUUUUCUCCAUUUGUCUAUGCAAUAUGUACUUGUA